GUGUGUGAGUCGCCUGGCGCUGCAGCAGCAGCAGCACCUUUGACGUUCCAUUUCCUCACGUGACGAGGCAGCUCCGUUCCAGGGAGGGAAGCCGCGGCCGCUUGUGCAAGGCUUGGGCGGGGGAGAGUCGCAGCCUCCGCGGUGGCAGCGGCAGCAGGCGGCAGCAGCCUGGGUGCGCAUUGUUUGUGUGAUGACCGAUCCUCGCAUCCCUCCCUCCGCUGCCGGCUGACACGGACCGCGCGGCGCGCGCCCGGAGGAGGCGGAGGAGAGGAGCCGCUGCCGCCGUGCAGCCAGUGACCUUGGCCCGGGGAGUGGCAAAUUGCCCAGCGCGACAUUUGUCAGCGGAUCGUAGCAUUGGGACAUGGCGCAAGGAAAUAAUUAUGGGCAAAGCAGCAACGGAGUGGCUGAUGAAUCCCCAAACAUGCUGGUAUACAGAAAGAUGGAAGACGUCAUAGCACGCAUGCAGGAUGAGAAAAAUGGGAUUCCUAUUCGUACAGUCAAAAGUUUUCUUUCCAAGAUUCCCAGUGUCUUUUCUGGUUCAGACAUUGUUCAGUGGUUAACGAAGAAUUUAGCUAUAGAAGACCCAGUGGAAGCUCUACAUUUGGGGACGUUAAUGGCCGCCCAUGGCUAUUUCUUUCCAAUCUCAGACCAUGUUCUAACACUAAAGGAUGAUGGCACCUUUUACCGGUUCCAAACACCCUAUUUUUGGCCAUCAAAUUGUUGGGAGCCGGAAAAUACAGACUAUGCGGUUUACCUCUGCAAGCGAACAAUGCAAAACAAAGCACGGCUGGAGCUAGCAGACUAUGAAGCAGAGAGUUUGGCCAGGCUACAGCGAUCAUUUGCCAGGAAGUGGGAGUUUAUUUUUAUGCAAGCUGAAGCACAAGCAAAAGUGGACAAGAAAAGAGACAAGAUAGAAAGGAAAAUCCUUGAUAGCCAGGAGCGAGCAUUUUGGGAUGUACACAGACCGGUGCCUGGAUGUGUAAACACUACUGAAGUGGAUAUAAAAAAGUCUUCAAGAAUGAAAAAUCCUCACAAAACAAGAAAGUCUGUCUAUGGAUUACAAAAUGACAUUCGAAGUCAUAGUCCUACCCACACACCAGUACCAGAAACUAAGCCACCCACAGAAGACGAAUUACACCAAGAGAUAAAAUAUUGGCAAAUACAGUUAGAUAGACAUCGAUUAAAAAUGUCAAAAGUUGCAGAGAGUCUGUUAGCUUACACAGAGCAGUAUGUGGAAUAUGAUCCAUUUCUUGUGUCGCCUGACCCCUCUAACCCUUGGCUAUCAGAUGACACUACAUUCUGGGAACUAGAGGUCUGCAAAGAGCCAGGGCAACAGAGGGUAAAGCGAUGGGGCUUUGGCAUGGAUGAAGCAUUGAAGGACACAGUGGGGAGAGAGCAGUUUCUCAAGUUCCUGGAGUCAGAGUUCAGCUCAGAAAACUUAAGGUUCUGGUUAGCAGUUGAAGAUUUGAAGAAGAGACCUAAUCGUGAAGUACCUGUUCGAGUCCAGGAAAUCUGGCAGGAGUUUCUUGCUCCAGGAGCUCCCAGUGCCAUCAAUCUUGAUUCAAAAAGUUAUGACAAAACCACACAGAAUGUGAAGGACCCAGGAAGAUACACAUUUGAAGAUGCUCAGGAGCACAUUUACAAACUGAUGAAAAGUGAUUCCUAUCCUCGUUUUAUACGAUCCAGUGCCUACCAGGAGCUGCUACAGGCCAAGAAAAAGGUAUUGAUCCAUCUUGUCUUUUUGUUGCAACUGUGCUCGGUGGUGGUGAUGUUUGCUACAAUACAUGGAUUUCUCUCCCCUAUGCAAGUGCAGCUGGAUAUCUGGUAGGUGACCAGGUUGGCUUAUUUAGAGGGUCACAUACAUACAGUAGUUUGAUAAAUGUAUCCUGCACGUGUGUAUGUUUUAAUAAGUUAAAUUAGCAAAACCUAUUUUUAUUUUUACAUCUCACAUUGUAGCACUCUUUCUGUUACCAAGCAACUUAAACUGAAAAGUAGUUUACAAGUAGGUUAAAUAAAAUAAAAUCCCUGCAGUAUAGCUGCAGCUUUCAAAUUUGCAAAUAUAAUAAUUCUCAUUUUCUUUAUUUUUAUUUACGAAGCCUACUAAUUUGUUUAAAAUUGAUCUCAUUGGUAUAAAUAACUUCUGAUUUCAUUUUUUUAAAAAGUAUCUUAGGAUUUCUUUCUCUCCCUGUUUUUAUAUGUCUAGUUUUUAUCAGGUUAGGAAUCUAAUAUGAAUGUGAGAUCAUGUCACACUCAUGCAAACAAAAAAUCUUACCAUGGUACAUGACCCUUGCUUUUUAAGGUCCAGAUUAUGCAAUGAGUUCUGCUGAGACGAACCCUUCACUGUGUGGAGCAUCUUACAUGAUAGGGGGUCAAAGUGCUGAGUGCAAGGAAAUUCCAAAACACUUUCUGAUGCAAAAGUCUAUAAUGAAAUUGUUGUUUGUUAUUAGUGGGUCUGAUUCUGCAACCACCACAAAUUCUGAAAUCCUAUUGCAAUCAGUUGGGAACACUGUUUGCAAAAUCAGGCCCAUUAUCCUAUGUAGCAGUAAUAGUAAGCUAGUUAUGAUCUUGAUAAUACUAAACUGUGCAUAAAAUGAAAAUCUAAAAAUUAUAUGGAAGUACUGUAUGGUUUUUUUCAAAUGUUAGUUUUUGACCAUCCAAUAUGGAGAAAUGUUGAAAGUUCCACAGAGCUGCUACUGUGUAUGCAAAGUCCUUAAGUUUUGCAAAUGUCAGUUCAUUGACACAAGAAAUGCUCUUCAUAAUUUUUUUUAUUUUCAGUUUUUCUUUUUAAUCAAACCAGUUUGAUCCACCUGAGAAACGUUUUUUUUUAAUCAAAUAUUAUAACUGCUUUGCCCAUCCAUUGUUCUAUAACAGGCAUUCAUUAGCAGCUUCAUACCUACUUUUGCUUCUUGAUUUGUACAUGAGCUUUGUUUUGCAGUCCAUUGUUUCAUCAUUCUUUCUUUUCUGCUCUAUUUGUUUCUUGCUCUUCUUCUUUUUUCUCCCCUUUUCUUUUCUUUUUCCUUUUUUUAU